AUGGACCUCCAGCAAGUUUUAGAGAGAGAAAUAAAUCAGCAAAAAUCAUUUGAUGACUCUAAGUCUAAGUAUGUAUUAGUAUCUGAAAAUGUUUACUUACCAUCAUUAGAUCUGCCCAAUGCGAUCUACUAUGUGCUUAUAACGGCGGCGUGGGGCGAUUGUCCGCCAGCGGUUCGCGCGCUGUUUGAAGCACCCCGUCGACCAGCCGCAAGUGCGCCCCCGCUCACGCGCUACGCUGCUCCCGAUGGUACGAUCCUGCUGCUCACCGAGAACGGCACCAGGCUGAUGACACGCGCCGCUGCCGCGAGCCUCCUGCGCGCUGCCCUCCUCUCCCCGCGCCCCCCUCGGCCCCGCCACGUAAAGCUGAUGUCGGACGGAAGGAUCGCGAAUCGGAACGCAACCGGUGUGACUUCGUGGAUCGGCGGUAUGUCCAUAACACAGGAUGGAAACCUGAUUGCACCGGACAAAAUUAUGACCCACAUUCAACGUUACGCGAGUCCUCACUACAACCCGCACGGGCACCAUUAUCAUCGUUGGAAUCAUGAACCAGGGGGAAGUGAAGAUCCCUUGUAUGCGACCAAGACUGUCUACGGACCUGGAUACAAUGAUGAAAACCAGAGGAUUGGCAAAGAGAACGGUAAAUCAGGUGAUGAGAAAGUGGCCCUGCAGUCGACGUGCCACGUAGCUCUGGACGCGUGCAUCAAAAACAGCGAGUGUGUGACGUCACUGACCCCCGUCCUGCAGAAAUGCCAUACUAGUGACUGCGACAGGGAGGGCUGCAUGGCGGCUUUGAGAGGGUUCUACAGGAAAUCCGAGGUGCAUUGGAAUACGGAGAUCGCUUUUUGUCUAUGCAAGAAAACUGACAACCGUGAGGACUCGUGCAUGAACGCCCAGGAACGCCUACAUCCAUCAUGUGCUCAGCGACCCCCAGUGGGCUCUCCGCUACCUGCUUGUCAUAUUCUUGCACAUGCCUGUCGUGAAGAACCUGAAUGCAGGAUCCGCUUGGAGAACUACGAACAGUGGUGCGCCGUAGAUGCUGUGACCCAGGGCUGUGCAGGGUCCCCUGCCGCCUGCCGCACUGCCGUUGUUGCUGUUCUUGGCACUCAAUUGCGUGCGGCAUGCGCUUGCCGCGGAACUGACUUCGCUCAACUGUACGAUUGUCUUGGAUGGCAGAGGCUGCUGUGGCUCAAUCCUUGCGUUGUGGAAUCCCAAAGCGACUACCACAUGAAGACAUACGGUUCGCUGGUGACGACCACACCCUACGAUAACGGCAUUAGAUACAUCACGGGUCCCCCAGAAUCACCUAUCUACCAUCGUACUACUACCCAUCAUCAUAGACAUACCACACCGCAUGGGACUUCGCAAAUUGACCAUAUGCAGGAAAACCGAGUCGAAAUAAGUCCCAUCACAACUAUGUCGGAACAAACCGUUGGCCCGAACGAAGUUGCGCAAAUCUCCGAGCCUGUUAUUGAUACCACAACUGAGACUACUACAGUGGCAACAACAACCACUACGACUACUACGACAACUACGACCACCACCACAACCACUACUCCUAGGCCGACCACGACUCUUGAGCCGACUAAAUAUUGCAUUGUCAAGAAGCCGGAAAGUGAUGACCAAGCGCAGUACAUCAAGAUGGGAGAGACGAGACGACUAUAUCGUUCAGCUGAGUUAGCAGAAUGCACAGAUCUGUGUGUCUGUGAAGCAACUCUCCAGGUGUCCUGCAAGGUGGCGUGUGUCCCCCGCGCGCCGUGCUCGUCGAGACUGGCGCACUACUCGCACGCUGCGCCGGCAUAUCAAGCAUACAGGGGACGCUGCUACUGUUACUCUGGGUCAUUCAUCUGCAUGAGACCUAACCCAGGAGAAUACAAGUUACCCGAGGGUGUGUACUUGCUGCUAGGAUUUAGUGCAGUCGAUGAAGCUCUACUGCGGCCGCAUACUGGACUUGGUGCGGAAGAUGCCGUGAGACUACUGCAGCAAUACAUCUACUCUGUUCAUACCGAAGGUACAAACUGCACCCUGACUUUGUUCAACAUCAGCAACGAAAACGUCAUUAUAUCUGCCAGUGUUCCACCGAGGGAGCAGGAGAUUCUCAGGGAGGCUGGAGAUGCACUCCUUGAUAGAGAAAAGGAGGAAUGCAUUGACGUACUGAAGGUGGUGAAAGGUCGUAUCAAUUCACAACACGAAGAUAUCUCAUCGCAUCUGCUUUUGUCCAUAUUUAAGAUCGCCGAAGUAGACGUCGUCUACCCUACCCCUCCAAGCUCGGCCAUAACCUCCCAUAGGCCUGUUAAACUGUUCUACAUAAUAAUUAUACUCUUCACCUUGCUCUACAACUAUAACUUAACUCUUGACAGCCUCAACUUUAUCAACACGAUCUUAUUCUUCAAGGGUUUCGUCAAUUCUUUGUCGAAUUUAUUCCAAUCUAAGCUAAGAAAAGGGUUUACUAUCCCUAUCAUACCUUUACGUCUAUUCUGUUCUGCCACUAUGUCUCAGGUCUGGGUACAUUUAAAGACGGCCUGGAACACAAUGAACAUAGACUUAGAACUUAUACAACAGCAUAUUGCCAAAACAAUCCAAAUCUAG